AUGCGAAUGCAUGUAAAUUCAUCGCUCCAUGCUGCAGUCACAUUGGCUCAAAUCCUUGUCACUCCAUCAUGGUUCCUGGAAGCAAGGCUGUCUCUUCCGGUUAUGUGCACUGCACCUUCCACCAGUAUAGCUUUAUCCUGGAUUCAAGAAUGCUUCUGUGACCUACGGGGAGCUUCCAUUUCCUUCUGGUGUGCUCCCUCAACCAACCAGCUAUCCAUUCUCUCUGAGCAGAUGAGGUAUGCUCUACGUUGGGAAAGUCAAUGGGCCUCUUAGUGCCCAUCUCUGUGUAGAGCAGAGGUUUUGACCAGAUGAUGACCUGCAGGCUUUUUAGUACUUUGAUUAUGACCUAUGUUUGACUAGGACUAUGAUUCAGCAGUGACCUCACUGCUCAAUAUAGAUCAUUUAUAUUUUAUGCUUCCAAAGUUUAAUGUUUUUGCUACUUAGGUAAGCACUGCAGGAUGGACUAAUAUUUUCUAUUAAUGGAAAUGAUGCUUGUUGUUGCUUUUUAAAAUAAAAUUGAAGGAAGCUGAAACAGGCUUAAUUGAUUAGGGCUAUUUAUGAAAGGUAUGGCAGGGGAGACUUUGCCGCAGGUUAGCUACUUUGCACGGGGUUGUGGAUGUGAAGGUAGGCAAAUAAAGGUACAUUUUCAGCAUUACUUGGAUGGGGAAAUGCAGCAGAAAUUGAAAUUGCUGGGGAACAAGCCUGAGAUCUUCUAAAUGCAAAGCAGGCACUCUACCAGUGAGCUACAACCUUUCCCAAACUUCUGUGGUAAACAACAACUAGCCUCUCGGGAUGGAGUUGUGGUUCAGGAUGAGUUUUCAGUCCUAUGUAGAGCCAGAAGAGAACUCGGUGGAUCAAUGCAGAGCCUAGCACAGUCUGUGGAUGUAGGCCGGCGAUCCAGAAAUGGAGUCAGUAACAAACUUCAUUAUUUGUUAGGGCAGCUUUGAGGUUUAUUGGCUUUUCAGACUGCUUAAGCUCGGUUUAACUGGUCAGACAAAUACAUCAUGGGCACCUGUAUAGUCUCCUACCGUGCCUCAGUUGCUCAAGCAAUGCAGGCAUUACUACAUGAUGAAAUUGGCUGAGAAUUGACCAACCAUGGUAGCCUUUGGAUCUGAUUAAAUGGCACAUAAACAUGGUAGACUGAAGGCAUAGAGGAUGAUAUUAGCAGAUACAUGGCUGUGAUCAUUGCAGAAAAUGUCUGCACUGCAUUCAGAUAGUCUGUGAUUAGAUUUUCUGUUAUUCUCCAUUUGGUUUUUUAAUGUGUCGUGAAGGAAGUCCUCAUUUUCUACUGAUUUUGUGGUGGGUGGGUGUUUAAGUUGUUUAUUUAAAGCAUUUUCACCCUGCUCUUUUCCCAAAGAGCUUGCAAAAAUCUGUAAAGAGACAGUUCUUGCCUUCAGACUUGCAAUGUGAAACACACAACAUACAUGGGUGGGAAGGAGGAAAGUAGUGCUAAAGUAAUCAAAAGGCUCAUAAACCCUGAUCAAUCAAUAGGUUCACUAGGUGUUCCUUCAAUAAGCGAGUCACUCUAGUCUUUAGAUAUUUCAAGGAGGGCAAAGUUGCCAUGGGCUUGGUUGAGGAAAACAGCGUAACAGAGAAUUGGGGUUGGGGGCAGACUAUAUGUUGCAUACAAAGGAAGCCACAAUGGCUGUUCUAAAGAAAACAUAAAAUCAGCUUUAUGAGAGGGUGAUUUUGAUCAGAAAUCUACCCCAUUUGCUUUCCCCCAGGUGGGAUUCCAAACAUGUGCUCACAUGA